GGGUUGUCAAAGGAAUAAAAUGCACAAUACACAAAGAGGUCAAACACUAGAAGAUACAAAUACUAAUAGCUUUGUUGUCAUACAAAUAACACAACAACAAGAAGAACAAGAACAAAAAAAAAUUAAUCCUUCUAAUUUCAAGUUAAAUUUCUCAGCAAUGAAACUCUUUCACCGUUUCCGCAAGGUUCUCAUGCGGUUUGUAUUCUCUGUUCCUUCUUCUUCAUCUUCUCGUAGAUCAUCAACAACGGAUUCAAGGCAUAGAAAUUCUGAAAGAUUUGAACCACCAAAGACUUCAUGUAGUUCAUAUUACUCUUCUUAUUCUCAUUACAAUGAGGCAAUUGCAGAUUGCAUUGAGUUUUUCAACAAAGAGGGUGUUUUGGAUGCUCGAAAAUCAGAUGUUGUGUAACAUGAUUUUUAAUUCAUGUCCUUAUUAUACAUAUGUUUCAUUGUUCAUUAUAAAUAUGUUUAUGUUACUCGAAUGUGUAUAUGUGUGACCUCUGAUUCAUUCACCCAUUAAUUCAUUCUUCAUAUCAAUUGGCUA